AUGGCGGGGCCGGGCCCAAGCCCAGGGGACCCGGACGAACAGUACGAUUUCCUGUUCAAGUUGGUGCUGGUAGGAGAUGCGAGCGUGGGCAAGACGUGUGUGGUGCAGCGCUUCAAGACAGGCUCUUUCUCUGAGCGCCAGGGCAGCACCAUCGGCGUCGACUUUACUAUGAAGACGUUGGAGAUCCAGGGCAAACGAGUCAAGCUGCAGAUUUGGGACACAGCCGGCCAGGAGAGGUUCCGCACGAUCACCCAGAGUUACUACCGUAGUGCCAAUGGAGCCAUCCUCGCAUACGACAUUACCAAGAGGAGCUCCUUCCUGUCAGUGCCUCACUGGAUCGAGGACGUGAGGAAGUAUGCGGGUUCCAACAUUGUACAGCUGCUGAUCGGGAACAAGUCUGAUCUCAGUGAGCUACGGGAGGUCCCACUGGCUGAGGCACAGAGCCUGGCUGAGCACUAUGACAUCCUGUGUGCCAUUGAGACGUCAGCCAAGGACUCAAGCAAUGUGGAGGAAGCCUUCCUGCGAGUGGCCACAGAGCUCAUCAUGCGGCACGGGGGCCCUAUGUUCAGCGAGAAGAGCACCGACCACAUCCAGCUGGACAGCAAGGAUAUUGGCGAGAGCUGGGGCUGCGGAUGCUGA